AUGUAUUACGUUUUACAAGAGAAGAUCACUGACGAUCUCGUUAAAAAUGACGAUGAUUAUGACGAUGAACAUGACAAUAACGAUGACGAUGGCGAUGAUGACGACGAUGAUGAUGACGAUUACGAUGACGAUGACGAUGACGAUGACGAUGACGAUGACUGUGGCAAUGAUGAUGAUGAUGACAACGACGAUGAAGAUCACGAUGACGAUGUAGAUGACGAUGAUGAUGACGAUGUUAAUGAUGAUGACGAUGACGAUGACGAUGAUCGUUACAAUGACGAUGACGAUGACGAUGACGAUGAUGAUGAUGAUAAUGAUGGCGAUGGCGAUGAUCAUGACAAUGACGGUGACGAUGACGAUGAUGAUAACGAUGAUGGUUACGAUGACGACGAUUUUGAUGCUGACGAUGACGAUGACGAUGACGAUGACGAUGAUCAUGAUCAUGACAAUCAAGACGACGAUGACGAUGACGAUGACGAUGACGAUGAUGAUGACAAUGACGAUGACGAUGAUGGUGACUAUAAUGAUUACGAUGGCGAUAAUGAUGACGAUUACUGUGGCUAUGACGAUGAUGAUGACUUUGACGAUGACGAUUAUGAUGACUUUUAUGAUGACGGUGACUAUGGCAAUAACGAUGAUGGUGUGUACAAAGAAUUUUACAUUUCAUAA